ACUCAAAACUAGCAGCCACUUCCAUGUACUUCCCUUACUUCACUUUGUAUUUUAAUGGUAUUGAGAAAAAGCAACCGCAUUUUUGUUUUCUCGCGAAUAUUAUAUAUAAAAGAUUUGUGCGUAAAACUGGGGUUAAAAGGCCGGUUGAGUUCUGAAACUGACUUGUCUAAGUCUUCAAAAGUCUUGUCACCAACAGCUUAUUUUUCUUUCUGUGUGCGUGUUGAAAGUCUUGAGUCUUGAGCCAAAGCAAGAGAGGAAGAACGUUUUGCAUAAGAUUAUUGGAAAAUCUGCAGGAAAAUAUGGAGUUUUUGUUCAUAUCCAGUUCAAGAUUGUUCACUAAAGUUACUAGUUGCUUUAUUUUGCUUCUCUAUCUGCUGUUUUGUGCGAGCUUUACUACUACAGAAGCGUAUGAUGCACUUGACCCAACUGGAAACAUCACAAUUAAAUGGGAUAUCAUGAGUUGGACUCCAGAUGGCUAUGUUGCUGUUGUUACGAUUUACAACUUCCAACAAUACCGUCACAUUCAAGCUCCAGGAUGGACUUUGGGGUGGACAUGGGCAAAAAAGGAGGUAAUAUGGAGCAUGUUGGGAGGUCAAACGACGGAACAAGGGGAUUGUUCAAAAUUCAAAGGAAACAUUCCACAUUGCUGUAAAAAGAAUCCAACAGUUGUUGAUUUAUUACCAGGAACACCUUACAACCAGCAGGUUGCAAAUUGCUGCAAAGGGGGUGUAAUAAGCUCAUGGGCGCAAGAUCCAGCUAAUGCUGCGAGUUCAUUUCAGCUUAGUGUAGGUUCAGCUGGAACCUCCAAUAGAACAGUCAGAGUGCCGAAGAACUUCACCCUGAAGGCACCAGGGCCUGGCUAUACCUGUGGUCCAGCAAAAAUAGUUAGACCUACCAAAUUUGUUAGCACAGAUAAAAGAAGAGUUACGCAAGCAUUGAUGACAUGGAACGUUACAUGCACAUAUUCACAAUUCCUGGCUCAGAAAACUCCCACUUGCUGUGUCUCACUUUCAUCCUUCUACAAUGAGACAAUAGUGCCCUGCCAAAAAUGUGCCUGUGGCUGCCAAAAUAACAACACUCAGUCUGGCAGCUGUAUAGAACCUAAAACACCUCAUUUAGCUUCAGUGUUGUCAAAUUCGGAAAGCAACAGCUAUUCGCCUCUCGUCCAAUGUACAAGUCAUAUGUGUCCAAUCAGAGUGCAUUGGCAUGUUAAACUUAACUACAAGGAGUAUUGGAGAGUCAAGGUCACAAUUACAAAUUUCAAUUACAAUAUGAACUAUACUCAAUGGAACUUAGUUGUCCAACAUCCCAACUUCGACAAUCUGACUCAAAUUUUCAGCUUUAACUACAAGUCAUUAACUCCUUAUGGAGCUAUAAAUGAUACAGCCAUGCUAUGGGGGUUUAAGUUUUACAAUGAUUUGCUCAUGCAAGCCGGUCCUUUGGGUAAUGUGCAAUCAGAGCUACUUUUCCGAAAGGAUAAGUCAACCUUUACUUUCGAGAAGGGUUGGGCAUUUCCAAGAAGGAUCUACUUCAAUGGAGAUAAUUGUGUCAUGCCACCUCCUGAUUCCUAUCCAUGGUUGCCAAACGCGAGUUCUUUCUUGUUUGUCUCCCCACUUAAUUUAUUCAUUACUUUAUUGUCAACCCUGGCAUUCUUAUAUGGGUAUGCGUAAACACCCGUCCCUGCUCUCAACAAAACGUGGGAUUCUACAACUUUAAAGCCGAACUGUUUGACCCUGGUCCUCAAUGCAAGCCAAAUAUGACAUUCAUCCGCGAGUGCAAUGGCUCCAGCAAUUCAAGGGCAUUGUCCCAAAAACUGCAGGUUUGUGCAUUGGUGGAUGAAUUCACAGCCAUUCAGCUCCAUCCAGUCGUUGUGCUAGAUGUUUGUUUUGUGCUUAAUUUUGUCUACUUUGUAGAAUUUCCAUUUUAGAUGUAUAUUCCAUUUGUAACAUAAUUGAGAACUAAUCAGAGAAACUAGAGCUAAUUAAUGCAUAUGUUACC